UUGAAAAUUCUUGUUUUAGCAGUGAAGUUUGGUUUGAAACUGGUAGACUUGUUGCAACCCCAUUUGUUGAGUUUGGUGAGGAAGAAAUACUAGAGAUAAGAAAAAAGAUAACUACUUUUUCAUGAAGGGUCAAAAAAGAAAGAAACUGAAGUCUUUUUCACUUGUAAUUAAUCAAGAAUUGGAUGUUUUCAUCAUCCUAUAAGUAUGCAGUAGUUCAAGUUUAUGAUCAUAAAUUGAGAAUGGCAGAGAUGCAGAAACUUGAGAGGCUAAAAGCUGCCAAAGAAGUUCUGAGGUGCAGCUUGGAGGAAUCGAAAGAAUUAGCCUUUCGAAUUGGUGAAAGCGGGCCGAGACUAGAGAGGAUGAGCCAGAGAUUGGCAUUGCUAGAAACCACCAUGAAUGCCAUAUCAACAAAAUGGAAGCUUUAUGAGAUCAAAGGUCCAUUAGACCAGGCUUUUGGUCUUUCUGCUUCUAUUGUGGACAUGUUUGAAGUGAUCUGCAGUUUGGAAAUCGCGCUGUCUUCUGAUCUUUCUUCUCCGGGCUUGCUUGCUUACCUGACUACUGUCAAGUACACUGAAGAUGCACUGAGGUUCCUCACUGGCUACUGCAAAUUGGCGAUUCCCUGGCUGGAAGACGCGCAGCAGAUUCUCGAGAGCAAUAAGUCCAUUGCAGAUCAUUGGUACCUUAAAAAUGUCACGAAAUGUCUGCUGGCACUUGAAGAAUUGCAGGCCAUGGAGGAAAGGUUUAAACUGAGAGGAGGAGCUCUAAUGCCUGCAUUGGACAAACUGGAGAGUGAAUUCGCGAGGCUCUUGCUGGAUAACCGGUCUCAUCCUUCUGUUGACACACCCCCUUUACCUUUACCUUUCCCCGAGCCUGUUCUUGAGAAAGUCCAAGCCAUCGUCGAAAGAUUAGGGGCUAAUGAUCACCUCGAGAACUGCAUUUCUGUUUAUGUUGAGGUCCGGAGCUCAAACGUGAGAGAAACCCUGCAGGCUCUGGAUUUGGAUUACCUGGAAAUAUCAUUGACAGAGUUAGAUAGCCUCCAGAGCCUAGAAGACUGCAUAGACCAGUGGGGAAGGCACCUGGAAUUUGCAGUGACAUAUGUGUUGGAGAUUGAGCACAGGCUUUGUUCCGAGGUUUUUCGAAACGUUGGCUCAGAUACCUCGAUGGAUUGCUUUGCCAAGAUUGCUGUCCAGUCAGGCAUUCAAUCUUUCUUCAAAUUUGGGAAUUCAGUGGCUAGGAGCAAGAAGGAAGCCAUCAAGCUGCUGAAACUUUUGGACAUUUUUGCAGCUCUUAACAAGCUCAGAUCAGAUUUCAACCGACUUUUCAAGGGGAAAUCCUGUGCAGAAAUCAAGAAUCAGACGAGGGAUUUGAUCAAGAAAGUCGUGGAUGGGGCGUGCGAUAUUUUCUGGGAACUUUCCCUCCAAGUUGAGCUGCAACUCCCAUCUAGUCCCCCAGGCGAUUGCGGGGUUCCCAGGCUGGUUACCUUUGUCACAGACUUCUGCAACCAGCUACUCGAGGAUGAGCACUGGAAAACUUUGCUCCAAGUUGCUGAGAUUCAUCACGGGUGGAACCACAAGUCCUUCUCGGAGAAUCUUCUCUCGGGCGAGAUUCACAGCAUAGUGAUCGCGCUGGAGAGGAAUCUGGAGACGUGGGCAGGCGAAUACAAGGACAGCACGCGCUCCUGCCUCUUCAUGAUGAACACCAAUUGGUACCUCGGCAAGUACACAAGAGGAACAAAGCUUGCUGACAUAAUGGGACAAGAAUGGCUAAGAGGGCAUGAGGAGUACAUGGAGUACUACGAAGCAGUUUACCUUAACGAGAGCUGGGGAAGGCUCCCGGCCCUCUUAUGCAACGAUGACAUGGCAUUCGAUCACGUAGCAGCCAACCGGGCACUCACAGAAUUCACAGCAGCCUUUGACAGCAUGUGCAAAAGACAGUCCAAUGUUGUACUGUGUGACAAGGGGCUGAAAUGGAGAACAUGUGAGCUCGUUCUUCGGGCCGUUGUUCCUCCAUACAAGAGUUAUCUGGAAAGCUAUGUGCCCUCAAUAGAACACAAGACAGGCUGCAGAAUUGAUGUGAAAUACACACCAGAAAGCCUGCAGAGCAUGGUGAGUUCUCUGUUUCAGCCAAAAUUUGGGAAGCUUGGGAACACCAAAUGCACAGAACUUGUCAACAAGGUCAACAAUGUCAUUGCUAAUCCAAUCUCCUCAACUCCUGCAGCUGCAUGAUCAUGUUGAUAUGCAUAAUGCAUAACCACUGAUUAUCGUAGAAACAGUUGAUUUACAUCCCGCGAUUAGGUUAAGUACAUGGUUUAAUAUAAUCUAUGCUCCUGAUCAUGUUUCAGAUGAUGUGUGUCUUCUGAUACAGUGAAUUGCAGUGUCUCAAACAUGAGCAUGUAAAUCAUAACACUGCUUUAGGGCUAUACAUACUGUUGAAGUGCAUAAAUGGCAUUCACAUAUUACAUCUCAAGUUAUGAAGUCUUUUGUUUUUUUUUUGA